UUUUUCUUUUGGACCAGAUAUACUUCUUCUUCACGUUUGUCGCUUUUUUUUUUUUUUUGGGAUUUUUUGUUUGUUCUAGUCUCUUCGAUCUCCGGCGAGGCAGCUCCACUGCAGUUUAUCAUAAAAGCUAAGUCUUUUUGUGUUCUGCAGCAAUAAGAAAAAAAAUCCAAUGGAAGAGCCUCAUUCAGUGAACAGUCCGAGGCGAAUCCUUAGUUUUUCAAAAAGGAGAAAAACAACAACAGCAUCUGUCUCAUUUGUUGACCCCAAUGAUGAAAAAGCUAAUUCUGGGUUUGGAGUUUCAGGGGAACACGGUCCUAAGCCUUCCGAGGUUUAUGGGUUUGUUGGUUCCAUUACAACUGUUGUUGCUACAGCUAUUUUCUUGAUUUGGGCAUAUAUUCCUGAGCAUUGGUUACAUUCAGUUGGGAUUUUCUAUUAUCCUAGCAGAUAUUGGGCUGUGGCAGUUCCAACUUAUGCUAUGGUGAUAAUAAUAUUAGCUAUUGGAUUCUAUGUUGGCCUCAACUUCAUGUCAACCCCACCACCAACUUCAUUAACUGCAAUGUUUGUUCCAUUGGUAUCAGAGCUGCAUUUUUGGCAUCUAUGGCAAAGAAUAUAACUCAUAGAUUGCAUAAGGAAGUAGCGUAGUUACAAGCAGAAGUCCAACAGAUUGAUAGAAGAUAGAUGAUAAAAAAGGUGACCUUCGGAAGGAGAUUAAGGAGGAGUUCAAGAACCUCUUUGAUCUCUUGGUUGCUCGAGAAAAGAUCAAUCUGAUGACAAGAAAAGGAUCUUGGUUUGGUGCGAGGAGAAUCAUCUUCUGAGAAUGCUAAUCAAGUAAGAUUUUCUUCCUCUGAAAACUCUUAGACAAUUUAAGUUGAAGUGUCUUAAGUUUAAUAGGGAAGAUUUUAAAGAGUGGUUUAUGAAACUUGAGCAAUAUUUUGUGGCUGAAAGAGUUCUUAAGAACUACAAAGUUGGAGCUGCUAUGCUUAGUUUGGAAAGGAAAGCAUUAUAAUGGCAUCAACGUUAUUGUAAGGUGCAAGAAGGGUUUGAUAGGCUGGUUUGGGGGUCUUAUAUAGCUGAGAUGCAAGAUAGAUUUAUUCUUGAGCAAUAUAAAGAUCCUAUGGUUGAGUUGAUGGGAUUAAAACAAUCCAGUACUGUAGAACAAUAUGUUACGGACCAAAAUGGAUUGGGUUGGACUUGGCUAUUUUUAUGAUUACUGGACUUUGUUUCUUUAUUCUACUGUAAGGCCUAAGUGGAGUGAGGUCAUUUAACUUGCAAAAAUUGUGUUGGUGUUGAAGAAAAGGGAAGAGAAUUUUCAGGUUGUCAUAUGAGAAUUCAGGGAUGCAACUGUAGGGGGUGUGAGACCAAGAUAAAACGGUAAAGGAAUACUAUACUGUGAUUCGGUUAUGCAAUUAUGGAAUCUCUCUUUUCUUUCUACAACUCCCUUCUCUAUUUCUUCUUCCUUUCAAGUCUCUCUGAAUCUUUUUAUUCUUAUAACUUUCUGAAAAUUUCUUCAUUGCAAUCCUUUAAAAUUUGAGCUUGUAACACAAUACCAUGAUGACUUUAUGGGAAUUCUCAACAUGUUUCAGUUGAGUGAUGAGUAUGCUGUUCUUAUAACCUCUAACAAAACAAUUCUAGCAUCUAAACUUCCCUUGACUGAUACCAGUUCUUCUAGCCUCUCCUCUAUUUAAAUUGGGAAUCAUCACUGAUUCUUUUUUAUUGAGAUGUGAUUGGUCGCAAAAUUAAAACUACCAUUUGAAAGAAAUCCUAAGUUCUAUGAAGAUUUCAUAAAAAAAUAGAUUCAAGAGUACAUUUAUGUG